AUGGCGCGCGCCUGCCUCUGGACGAUACUCGCGCUGCUCGUCUGCGCGGCGGCCGACGCCAGAUCCUCCCCGCGCGUCCCAGCCGUCUCGGCAUCGCGCAUUCACGUGCAUCCGGAGCGUGACGCCGCGAGCCGGUGGCUGGAGGCGCGGUCGCGGAUGUUCAAGCCGGAGGUGGAGGGCGGCAACGGGACUGCAACUUGCAACGGCGCUCCGUUCGAAGGAGACUCUUGCAGGGGCGUGUUCCAGUACAAGGCCGAGUGUAACAAGUCGCUCCCACACGGCAAUGUGUCCGUCACAAAAACCACGGAUUGCUUCGGCAAGAUCACCGUGAACGUUGGGGCCUUCGGGAGCCUGGCCGACGGCACCGUGGACGUGGCGUGCACCGGCGUGCUCAGAUUCUCAGAGAAGACGAUCAACACCUCUGCUUCGGCCACCAGCGGCUCCCUUAUGCAGUACCGCUGCGCAUACGACUUCACCUACACUUCCACGGAAGGCGCCGAGGACGCCAAGAAGAGGGGGGAGACGUUCCAGGACUGCAAAUACCUGGCCCACGUACUGGAGAUCACAUCGUCGGCUGGUCCGAAAGACGCCGGCCUGGUGGCGUCGGGACUGGAGGAGACCGCGGACGCGCUCAUGGACGAGGCGUUCACCGCCAACACGCCCCCAGACUCGGCCCUUCCGGCCGAGGAGGGUGCCGCCCGGCCACUGUUCGCGCAUCCGGCCUCUCUGUCCGAUUCCAAGUGCAAGACGGACGUCACCUGCAACGGGGAGGCCACGACCUACGCUGACUCCUGCGUCGGCGACUGGUCGGCCGUGGAGGACUGCACGGGGGAGGAGGGCGGCGUGACCAAGACGCUCUGCAAGGGCAGCUGGUACCCGACGCCCAAGUCGGCCACGUGCAAGGGCGACUUCUCCUCCGAGUUCGACAUCAGCGCGGACGCGUGGUCCUUCGGGAGCCUCACUGGCUGCAAGGGCACCCAGACGGCGUCCUGGGACGUCAAGGGCGGCAUGAGCUUCUUUACCGCCCUGUGCAUGGGCAAGAACAUGCACAGCACCAAUUACGACACCAGCGCCGACACGGGCGCCGACCCUAGGCGCGCGGUCGGCGUGGUGACCGUGACCUGA